AUGAAGAUGAGGAUCUUAUCGUAUUGGACGAUUGUCCUGCGAAGAAUCAUGGACAACCUCGCGCUACAUCUGCAGUUCACCGUGAGGAAUCUCGUGAACAAGGAAUUUCAGAAGGAGAUUGUCGCAGAAAUGGUGGAUUCUAGAAGCGGUAGUGGAGGCAGCAUCCACAGGUUGCUGGAGGAGUCACCGUCAGUGGCGAGCAAGAGAGAAAAGCUGAAGAAUAGUAUCAAGUUCUUGAAGGAGUCCAAGGACACAGUAGCAGCCAUUGUUGAUCAGAAUUCUGGUUAUGGAGAUCAUUGA